AUGGAGGAAAACUCCAACAUAUCUGAACCUAAGGAGCACCACGAUGACUUGCCUGAAUCGGAGCAAUGUAACAUCCUGUGCUCUAAGACCAACGCUUAUAUAGUCCAGGAGUUCUUGGGCAGUGGCUCCUUUGGAAACGUUGUAGAAUGUGUUAAAAAAGGAACCAACGAGAAAGUGGCGAUCAAAAUCUUGCACAACAGCCCAUACGUUGUUCAAGAUGCUGAAGAAGAGGUGAACAUCCUGUCCCAGUUGAAUAAAGAACACCCAGACAAAUACAAUAUCGUCAAGUACUACGAGUUCUUCCAGCACGAGAAUUACAUCUGCCUUGUAUUUGAGAUGUUGGAAAUUAGUCUUGAUGACUUCAUGGAGCAAAACAACUUUACCCCAAUUCCUGUGAAACACAUCCGACCUAUUGUGCAGCAGGUGGGCAGUGCACUGUUAAAGAUGAAGAGUCUGGGAAUUAUUCACACAGACUUGAAACCAGACAACAUUAUGAUGGUGGACACGACCAAGCACCCGUUCAAGGUCAAGCUUAUAGACUUUGGCUGUGCAUUGCACGUAGCCAACACAGGAUUUUCAGUCUACAUACAAACGCGAUAUUAUAGGUCUCCAGAAAUAAUCUUGGGGUUACCAUUCGAUGAGGCUAUUGACAUGUGGUCUCUGGGGUGCAUCGUGGCGGAGCUAAUCAUAGGAUGCCCGUUAUAUCCUGGAGCAUCUGAAUAUGAUCAGAUCCGUUACAUCACAGAGACCCAGGGUUUGCCCCCUGGAAACAUGCUCGAUACAGGAGCAAAGACCGAGCUUUACUUUCAAAGAAUUGGACAUUCUCAGCAUUUAUCAUGGAUACUGAAGAGUAUGAUGCGCUAUGAAUCUGAAACUGGUAUUGGACCAAUGGAAAGAAGAAAAUAUGUCUUCAGUUCUCUUGAUGACAUGAGAAAGAUCAUUUUACCAUCACAUGUGGAGAGCAGUGACUCGCAGGGGGAGAUGGGAGACAUAUCAAAGUGUGUUGAUCUGAUAAAGGAGAUGCUUACUCUGGAUCCAGACAUGCGGAUAACACCCAUAGACCUUAGCAGCCAUCCCUUCAUCACAAUGUCUCAUCUCCAGCACUUCUCACAGAGUUCAUAUGUAAAUUCCUGCCUCCAGGCCAUGGAGGUCUGCAAACAGCAGCAGGAGGUGUGUCCCGAGCCUCCAGAAAUGGAGACAGAGAAUGAACAGAACAAACAGGAACAGCGAAUAGAAGAAGAUCCUGAGAAGGAGUAUAAUGAGAGAUUUCAAAAAAUUAAUGCACGAUUUAUCACACUGGCAAACAAGGUGGGCGUAACACAGGAAAUAUCUAGCCAAACUGAGGCUGAGCCCGUGGGAAUACAUGAAAUCAUCCCACCAGCAGAGAUCGAGAUCCAAGACCAGCAUGCUCAGGAUGGACCUUCCCUUGAAAAGUCAGGUAUCAGCAACGAAAGAUCAAAUGAAGUUAAAGAAAACAGUGAGGUUGUGGCACUUGACACCCAGGAAAGACAGAUGGGUGAGUCAGAUGAAGACGACAAAGAAGAGGAGGAGGAAAAAAAGCAGAAAAAGAGGGGAUCCCGUCUGAGACGCGUGUUACGGGCUCUGUGCUGCUGCUUCCCCAGGAAACAAAAGAAAGUGAAGGUUUCCAUACCUGAGACCUCUGACGUUAUCACAUAUCAGGUCCAUGGGCUUCACAAUUCCAGCAGUGAAAGCAGCACAGAGAGCGAAGCCGCAGCUUCCACCCACUCCUCCACGCCAUCAGUGCACCGCGGAGGACUGCUGAGGAAAUGUGCCAACGGCCUAUCUAAAUUGAGAAUGAGGAAACAAAAUAACUCAACUGUCAAUCAUUCUUCAUAA